CCUGCCAGUACUAUACGCAUACACACAUUCGCCGUUGGGUACCUGCAUAAAAUAUCAUAAAUCUUUGCACCAAGGAACGCUACAGCUGCAGUUACUACAUCUGUUGGUGUUUGUUGUUUAUCUUUGGAAACUGGCAGACAAGAAAAGGGACAAGAGUAAUCACUGAGAGAUCAGCAAUCUAACACACUAUCUGAAACACCACAGCGGCUUAUAAAGGUUUUCUGAUUGUAAACACGCAUUCCAUCAUUCCAUCAUCAUCAUGAGAUUGUUGUUGGCCCUAGUGGUUAUCCUGGUAGCCCUGAUUGUUCUGGCUGAUAUCACUGAAGCUAGAGGAAGACGAAAGCAACGACAGGCUGAAGAAGAAGCGGAGCAGUCCAAUCGUGAAAAUCGUCGCCGCGGCAACAAAGAAAAUAAAAAGGGCAAGAAGGACAAAAAUGGGCGUGGUGGACAUGAUGAGGAAGACCAAAGCACGCAUGUUGAUGAGAUGGUCAACUUUGAUGCUAUGAACGUGGGAGGACAGACCGGGGAGACCGAUACACCUGUUGCUGAACCAGCUGCCGAUGUUCAACAGGUCCCGGCGGAAGAAAGUGAAGAGGAGCCAACUGCUUCAAAGAAAGGAAAGAAGAAAAGAGGUCCCAAAGGGAAUAGUCCCAGCAUGACCAAGGAGGAACGCAAGGCCAUGAGGCACGAGGCCAAAUCGGCGGGUAAGCACGGCGGUCGCGUGGAUAAGCAGGCCCGCAAGGAGGCCCGUAAAGAAGCCAAGAGAGCCGAGAAUCAAGUCGGCAAGGAGGAGCGUCAGCAUGCCCGUAAAGAAGCUAAGAAGAUGGAGCGUCAAGCCAACAAGACCUCGGACUGUAGUGAACAUACAGACUGUAUGGCCGGGAGCUGUUGUCAGCAACGAGGACCCAUCCAAACUUGCAGGGCUUUUAACAAGGGAGAGGACAGUAUGUGCUUCAACGACUGCGUGUGCUCAGAAGGUUUUGAAUGUUUCAUCCGUGAGGGAAAGAAGGCCAAACACCCAGACGGUGGCGCUAAGGGCCGCUGCCGCCCCAAACAGGCCCCCGAGAACACCGAGACAGACCAGGCAGAGGAAGCAGAAAACUAAGAUCCAUCAAGGAAGGUCCUGCUAGGAUGAGAAGGUUGCAGGGGGUUUGGGUGGGUGAUUCUGGGUACAGGGUAAUGAAUAAUACAAGUAGAAAGGGGUUAAAAUGGGUUGGAUUGGGUGCAAGGAAACAUUGGGGAGGGUAAGAAUUAGGGAAGGGAAAAUAAUAAGGCAUAUGAAGAAGGUACAGGGUAACACAUGGGAUUGGAUUGUGGUAACUUUUUUUAUUACUUUUUUCGAGUUAAGAUUUUGUAACUAAUAUCUGUAAAUUACAAGUGUGGGAAAAUCUGAUUUGAUGGAUCUUAAAAAUGUGGAGGACGGAAAAGGGUUUCCUUUAUGAUUGCACAACAUGUUCGCCACACACUCUCACAGGGAAACUCAAGUAUGGCAUACCUAAUGUGACGUGAGUAUCAUACAUUUGUGAAUCUGUGAUCAUAGAUUUGGCUUUGCUGCUGAAUUCGAAGGAAACAUGACUGCAAGGGUGGGACCAAAAGGGUAGGACCAGUACUAGU